AUGGCGACGCUGACACCGCGGCACAGGUGGAUGGUUGCUCAAGUGGUUUCUUCUUUUGAUCUGACGGAGUUCGAACCCCUUGUUGAGAGUCAUUUUAGGGAUCAGUUUGCCCCUAAAGUAGACCCAUUCCUAAAGGGAACUUCAGCAACGCAGCACUUGCUGUUCUCUUACAGAGUCAGAAGCAACCCAUCAGCAACUCAGUCAGACAUUCCCGGAAAACUCAUCUGCUCAGAGGGAGUUUCAGAGGAACAUGGCAGCAAACAUGUUUACUUCAUUCGAACUAUUCCUUUUGGAAAAUCGGUGAAUCUGAAUGCAGCAGCAGACGCCGAGCUUAUCUUCGGCGAACUCCCAGAGCUGCCGCUUCAGGGCCUCCACUCCACCUUGGCCAGUGUCUUUCUCCCUGCAGUAGAGCAUUUUGAUAAUACUGAUUGGAAAAAGUGUCCUGAAGAGCAGCGCAGUGAACUUCUUUCUUGCACCCGCAACUUCUGCAAGGAAUUGGGAGAGGCAAUUGAUUCUUUGGCCCAUGGCAUACAGCUAAGGAGGCCAGACUCGAGGUUCUCUCUAGCUGAGAUAAGGAAGGAUUACACUAGUGCUGCCAAGGACUCCGACGUAGUGGAACACUUUGAGGAGCUCUUAGACGAAUGGUGCCGCCAGAUUGAGAAAUACUUGGAAACAUCUCUGGACAGAAGCGCAGCCCAAAUUGAGAGCUGGAGGAGUCGCAUGCGGAAGCUCAGUUCGAUUAUUCAACAGUUGAAGAGCGACUUCUGCCACACCGUCUUCCAAGUCUUGCACGCAGUCACGAAACUGACUACUGGAGUUGCGCCCAAGUCGCGCCAAGCUGUGUUCCACACGCUAAGACGCUGCAAGCAGCUUGACGUCGCCAUUACGGAGGCAUUUAAUGAGGCUAAGGACAACGUGAAGUACUUGACAACCCUUGAGAGAUUCGUCGAUCCUCUUUAUUCCGGAACCCCUGCAAGCAUCCUUGAAAGCCUUAACCCGCUGAUGAGCGCGAUAACCAUGAUUUACUCUAUAUCGCGAUACUACAACACGACCGAACGUAUGGUUGCCUUCUUUGCAAAGAUAACGAAGCAGAUGAUAACAAACUGCCGAACAUGGCUCACGGGUGGCCAGCAUCACGAAGCUCUAUGGGAGAGUGAACCAGCUGUUAUUAUUCCAAUGUUGGAGUACUGCUUGACGCUGAACAAUGAGUAUCACGACCAGUAUCGAGCGACUCGGGAGAGCCUCGUUGCCAUUCCCAAGGGGAAGCAGCUCGACCUGUCCGAACAAGAAAUCUUCGGCAGGAUGGACUUAUUCUGCCGGCGGCUUCAGAAGCUGAUAAUGAUGUACUCAACGGUUCAGCAGUUUAAGAAUAUUGGUGAACAGAGAUUCGAGGGGAUGGAUGUGUUCGUAGAUCGCUUUAAGGGGUUGAGUCGCUCGCUUCUGUGGACUCAGUCUAUUUUUAGUGACUUCAAAGUCAAGCGCCAUGACCUACUAGACUUUUACAACAACCGCUUUGACCGCGAUUUUGUGGAGUUUUCCGUUCGCAUUUCGGACCUAGAGAGCGAUAUGCUGCCUCAGAUAAACAUGAUUUUCGAGACAACAUCGUCCAUAGACGAGUCUCUGAGAUUGCUCCAAAAGCUGCAAGAAACAGUCUACAGCGAGAGCCUCAAGGCGGAGCUGAAAGGCAAAAUCAGCCUGAUUAUCCACCGUUACAGUCUUGAACUCGUUCAGGACCCCAUGAAGCAGUUUCAGCUCUACCCAUCUGCACUAGCGACAAAAGAGGGAAAACGUACAAUAAAGCUCUACAACAGAGUGGCUGAGACGCUGGUUGAAUAUGAACUGAGGUGGCACCAAGCUUGGACAGAAUGCGUUCAAGCCACAGCAGACUGUUUGAACAGCAACCUUCUCAUGAGAAACCCAAGUACCGGAAAGCUGUCGAUUAACUUCGAUGGGGAUAUCGCACGGUUGAUUCGAGAGGCGAAAAUCAUGGAGAGGAUGGACAUGGAAAUACCCGAUAGCGGUCGUAUUGUGUUUCUGAGGGAGAAGAAACUGAAGCGGUGCUACGACGAACUUAAGUUUGUUCUCGAUGACUUGGUUCUGAUGCGUCGCUAUUGGAAAUUCUUUGUUGUAACUCAGGAGUACCAGAGGGUGUCUUCGGCAAUUCGUCCGGUGACUGCCGGCCUCCUACAAAGGCACCUCGACAACUUUGAGAAACAGCUUAAUCCAGGGCUCAAUAAUUUAACAUGGGCUUCUCUAAACAUUGAAAGCUUCUUGCAGUCUGCAACCAGCGCCUUGGAGAAGCUGGACUUGCUGGUUGUAACAGUUAACGAUAUUGUGGAGAACAGGAUAGAAAACAACAUUAAGUCCUUGGGUGAAAUUCUCCUAGUCGAUCUUCCGGCCCCAGGAGAAGUGAUAUCUCUAAAUCGCUUUGUCGAGAUGCAAGAGCAUCACGUUGCUAAGUCUGCGGAGCUGCUCAAUGCUCGUUCUCUGGAGAUUGAGAAUGCAGUCAGAGACCUAUUGGAAGUCAUUAGCAAACAGGCUUCGGAACAGCACGAUGACCCU